CUACUACUAAUAAAGCUGCAAGUAUCAAAGCUAUUAUUACUAAUGUUACUGAAGAUGAUGAUGCCGAUGAUGAUUGGGAUGAAUUCGAGACCGAUGAUGACGAAAUGUAUGACGGAUGGGAUUAUUUAGCCCGUUAUGGAGAAGAUGCAUGGGAAAAACUUCUUCAAGCUCGGUUGGCUCGUCAUCGUAAUAUCCUUCUUAGACUAUUUACCAGACGCCUUCCCAAUUUAUCUGAACAAGCAAAAAAUGUAUUAUUUGAUGCAUUUUUUAGAUCUGAUGCAUUUGGAGUAUCAGAACACAAUGCAUUAUUGGACGCGCUAGCUCAUCCUGUGGAAGCUCGGAUUCUAUUGGUCUAUACGAUUUAA